AUUGAGCAUAUGGUCCAGGAAGCUGAAAAGUACAAAGCUAAAGAUAAGCAAUGGGACAAGGUAUCUUCCAAGAAUUUGCUUGAAUCCUGUGCAUUCAACAUGAAAGCAACUGUUGAAGAUGAAAAACUUCAAGGAAAGAUCAAUGAUGAGGAUAAACAGAAGUGCCUUGACAAGUGUAAUGAAAUCAUCAACAGGCUUGAUGAGAACCAGGCUGCUGAGAAGGAAGAAUCUGAACAUCAGCAGAAAGAGCUGGAGAGUCCAAACCCCAUCAUUACUAAGCUGUGGAGUGCAGGAGGCGUGCCAGGAGGAAUGCCUGGGGGCUCCCCUGGUGGUGGAGUUGCUCCAUCUGGUGGUGUCUUCCCGGGGUCCAUCAUAGAAGAGGUCGAUUAA